AUGUCUAGUCCAGCGGAGUUCCAGGACGCUUCGGAGGAUCAACAGGAGGAUGGCUUGUUUAGUGGGAUGCGGUUCUAUUUGAACUGUGGAGCUGAUUCUGGAGCGGAAAGUAGACAAUUGGGGGAUUUGAUUGAGUCUCGUGGCGGAGAAGUGGUGGAUAAACUACCAGAGGAUGUUAAAGAAGGCGAGAAGUUGUAUGUGGUUGCUUUGUAUAAUGAUACGCGAUUGCCUACUGUUACACCGGCGUACAUAAAGGCGUGCUGUGAGAAUGGCACGUUGCUUAAGAUCGAAAACUACUUGAUUCCCUUCGAUGAGUUUAGGUCAGUGAUUGAUACUGAGUUGCAGAAUGAGCAGCAGCAGGAUGGGGGAGGGCCACAGAAAGUUGAGGAGAAGCAGCCUGAGGAAACACCUAAACCUGAACCUGAACAAGACAAAGCGGUUGAACAGCCAGCAGAACAACCUGUUGAGCAGCCUUUGGUGGAAAUGGUCCAACAGGGUUCCCCGAAAGUACAAGAGACCGAGGAGAGUAGUGAUGGAUCGAGUGAUCAAAACUAUCCUUCUAUGCGGUCUGUUUUGAGGGCCAAUCUGCCCGCGCAUAACAAAGCUUCCUUUACAGAGGCCGAGGAUGAGUUUAUCCUUGACGUGGUGAGGAAAAAUCCAACUAGAAGGACUACACAUACGCUAUAUGACGAGAUUUCUCACUACGUACCGAAUCACACUGGUAACUCUAUAAGGCAUCGGUUUCGAGUAUAUUUAUCCAAGAGACUCGAAUUUGUUUACGCAACAGACAAGAAUGGUAAACUGGAACGUGAUGAACACGGUAAUUUGAUCAAGACAAAGAACUUACCGCCAUCGAUAAAGAAGAAAUUUACAGCAGAUGAGGAUUAUCUUUUGGCCAUAGGUAUUAAAAAGCAGUUUUACAGGGACUUGUAUCAGGUGGAUCCUGAUACUGGUAAAUCGCUCAUUACAGAUGAGGACAGUCCUACGGCGGUCGCUAAGAGGAAUAUGACUAUGGAUCCAAACCAUGUUCCUGGUACAGAACCCAGUUUCCAGGAUUACCGUGUAGGUGAUCGUAGAGGACCCAUUGCUAGAGAGUUCUUCAAAAGUUUUGGAGAAAACAACCCAACACACACGGAGAAUGCUUGGAGAGAUAGGUUCAGGAAAUUUUUGCUUUCUUACGGUAUCGAUAAUUACGUUGGGUAUUACGAAACUGCAAAGGAACAGGGCCAAGAACCAGAACCAAUGAAGAAUUUGACAAAUAGGGUGAAGAGACCUGGGAUUCCAACGCCUGGUAAUUACAACUCUGCGACGAAAAGAGCUAGAAGUAUUGGGCCCGAGAAAGCUUCUCCAAAUGGUUCAGUCGCUCCGUCGUCAGCUGCUGCUGCCAUUGCUGCCACAGCAGGAAAUGGUGGUAACAAUUUGGAGAAUGGAGCUGCUAACUAUGCCUUAGCCGAGAACGAGUUACUCGACGAAGAUACCAUGAAUUUUAUCUCUAGCUUGAAGAAUGAUUUAUCCAAGAUUGAAAGUAGCAUUCCAUUUGAGUAUCCACAAGAAAUUGCAGAAGCAAUUAGAAAUGAUUUUUCAAACGAAGAGGCGAUCUACGAUAAUGUAGAUCCCGACACUUUACCAUUUCCUCCCGCAAUCGCAAGCACAGAUCUCUUUUUACCGGCAUUUUUCCGCAUGUCGAGCACUAGAGAAUUUCUUGAAAAAUUGCAAGAAGUCAUCUCUAGAGACUAUGAACCUUCGCAAGCGGAAAAACUGGUCCAGGACUUGUGCAAUGAGACAGGUGUUCGCAAAACGUUUAGCACAAGUAUCUUAACGGCGUUAUCAGGUGAUCUAAUGGUAUUCCCCAGAUAUUUCUUGAAUAUGUUCAAGAACAAUGCUAAUCCACCAAUGGAUGUCCCAGGUAUCUGGACCAGGGAAGAUGACCGGAUGUUGAGAUCGAACAAAGAGGAAGAUAUACGAGCUUUAAUUAAGAAGCAUGGGUCAGGUAGAAUGGAAAUGAGAAAGAAGUUUGUGGAAAAGGAUUUGAUUUAA